UUAGACUUCAAGCUAUGGUUUUGGUAGAGAACAAGGGUUCCCAGCGAGUGUUGGAAAAACUUGGGUUUCACAAAGAAGGUCUGUUGAGGAAGUAUACGAUUCAUAAAGGCACAGCUAGUGAUAUUUUCAUUACAGGAAAGUUCUGGCAACCACCAUCAUAAUUUGACUGGUCCUCCAUGUUAGUCUACUUAACUCAUAAAAUUCAUUGCAUUACAAAGUGCCGAUACUUAUUCCAUUUGAGCCUGGAACCAUCUCAAAUUUCCUUCAUCCAUGGAUUCCUCCAGAAUUUCACUUCGUCCUUUCAAACUCUCCGAUGCUGAUGACUUCCUGAAAUGGGCAAGUGAUGACAGAGUAACACGCUAUCUGAGAUGGAACACCAUAACCUCUGGAGAAGAAGCCUUGACAUAUAUUGAGGAGGUUUGUAUUUCUCACCCAUGGCGUCAGUCCAUAUGUUUGGAUGACCAUUGCAUAGGAUAUGUUUCUGUCAAACCCGAACGGGGUGAUGAUUCGUGCAGGGCACAUGUUAGCUAUGCUUUGUCUGCAGACUUCUGGGGGCAAGGGAUUGUCACAUUGGCAUUGAAGAUGGCCAUCUCUAGGGUCUUCAAAGAGUUCCUAUUUCUGGUGAGGAUUGAGGCUUUGGUUGAGGUUGAGAAUAAGGGAUCUCAAAGGGUUUUAGAGAAGGUUGGGUUUGUGAAAGAAGGGUUGUUAAGGAAGUAUGGGUAUUGCAAAGGUGAGAUUAGAGAUAUGAUUAUGUAUAGUUUCUUAUCCACAGAUGAGAUUAUGUGACUUGUGGUUCUUGGUGUUUUGGUCGAUGCAUAGUGUCAUAUUUCAACAGAUAUGAUUCUCUUUCUCCUUUUUACAUAAUUUUCAGCAAUUAUGUUUAUGAGGAAAUGUAAUAUUGAAAAACAGUAAUCUAACAAUGUAAUAAAAUAUGGGA